AUGACUAGAAAGAGGAUACAGAUCAAGAAAAUUGACAACAUCAGUUCUAGGCAGGUGACUUUCUCCAAGAGAAGAAAAGGGCUUUUCAAGAAGGCUCAGGAGCUGUCUACCCUUUGUGAUGCAGACAUAGCUCUCAUAGUCUUUUCUGCAACUAGCAAGCUCUUUGAGUAUGCCAGUUCAAGUAUGCAACAAGUAAUUGAAAGGUUUGAUCGCCAUUCAGCAAUGCAUAGAUUGGAUCAACAUGCUAGUGUAAGGCGCGAUCCCUCUAUUGAGCUUCAGGACUGCAUCUUCCUCGUUGUAAUUUUAGCUCCCAUGGAUAAGUCAGUACCUUUGCGAUUAGUUUCCUACAAAACUGUAACUGUCAAAUCUGGAAUUCAUGUUGAGAGUGACUCCAACGACAUCCUGCGCAAGAAAGUAGAAGAUAAGAAUCGUGAACUGAGGCAGUUGCAUGGGGAAGAUCUACAAGGAUUGACAUUACAAGAACUGCAGAAAAUAGAGGAACAUCUUAAAAGAGGUUUGACCAGUGUUUCAAGAGUAAAGGUUUGUGCCCUAUGA